AUGAAGAAAGAAGCAAAACAGGAAAAAAUUUAUACUAAUUUCUAAGAUUUUUAUCCAUUUUAUUUGUCUUAGCAUUCAAAUAUUAUUAACAGACGCUUGCAUUACAUUGGUACAACAAUUAGCAUGAUGCUUUUUGUUAUAUCGAUUCUUUUAACUUAAUAUUAAUACUUACCACUUGUUAUUGUAUCAGGAUAUGCAUUUGCAUGGGUAGGACAUUUCUUCUUCGAAAAAAACAAACCUGCUACUUUCAAAUAUCCAGUUAUGUCAUUUAUGGGAGACUUUAAAAUGUGGUAUUAGAUUACUACAAAAUAAAUAAAGUGGUGA